GAUGAUUGCUCAGAGGCGAGGGGAGGAGAGAUCGGAUGCAAAAACAGAGAGAGCAUAAGCAACGAUUCAAAUUCCUGAGCUGGUGCGGAGUGAGCUGGCAGUUUUUAGUUUUUUUUUUUCUUUCAAAUUGUGUGCCUCCCUAGCUCUGAACAGGGAAGAGAAUCUUCAACCAUGCGUUCAAGCGCCGAGAAGACAUGAGCAUAAGGUAACAUGCAGAAUGCGUGACAGACACACCCAGUAUCUACAGUCUCGUUCGUUUCAGCUCUUGGACAAACAGCUUCAGUGAGGACCCCCAGACCGCUGAGCCCCCGAGUGAGGGGGAGAAAGGAGGGCCAGCCUGCUGGGACACUAGACAGGAAAUCGCUGAGUCUGCAAACUGUGAGCUGCAGUGUGGUGUGGCGAUGUCAGGCGAGGUGGGUACCAGGGCGCCCCCCUCGGAGUGGGUCACACUGGUCGUUGAUAACAUCCGCUUCACGGUGGACCCCGGGAUCUUCACUGCGCACCCCGACACCAUGCUGGCCAGGAUGUUUGGUUCUGCCCGGCAACACAACUUCACCAGGCCCAAUGAGAAGGGGGAGUUUGAGAUCGCAGAGGGGAUCAGCGGCAGCGUCUUUCGAGUCGUGCUGGACUAUUACAGGACCGGGGUGCUGCGCUGUCCCGACGGGGUUUCUGUGCCGGAGCUCAGAGAGGCCUGCGAUUACCUCUGCAUCAACUUCGACUGCAACACCAUCACGUGCCGCGACCUCAGCGCCCUGCUUCACGAGCUGUCGAACGAUGGGGCGCGGAGGCAGUUUGAGGGGUUCCUGCAGGAGCUGGUGCUGCCGGUGAUGGUGUCGAGCGCGCAGGGUGGGGAGCGGGAGUGUCACAUGGUGGUGUUGACCGACGAGGACACUGUGGACUGGGAUCAGGAGCACCCUCCGCCCAUGGGAGAGGAGUACUCCCAGAUUGUCUACAGCACAAAGCUGUACCGCUUCUUCAAAUACAUCGAGAACCGGGAAGUGGCCAAGGCACUGCUGAAAGAGAGAGGCCUGAAGAACAUUCGCAUCGGCAUCGAGGGGUACCCCACCUGCAAGGAGAAGGUGAAGCGACGCCCUGGCGGGAGGUCAGAGGUCAUCUACAACUACGUUCAGCGGCCGUUCAUUCACCUGUCCUGGGAGAAGGAGGAAGGGAAGAGCCGGCACGUGGACUUCCAGUGCGUGCGGAGCAAGAGCGUGCCCAACGUGGUGGGAGGGGGCGGGGGCGGGACCCCCUACAGCCACGCCCCCCACCAUCCUCCGCAGGUGGAUGAGCUGGACCGGCUCAAUGGACCCAGCCUCCGCCUCCCCCCCUCCGAAAUACAGGACGGAGAUCUCUGACACAACCCAGAUCAACCCUUUAUCUGGAUCAAGACCACACGCCAACAUUAGCCCGCUGUGUUUACAGGGUGAAAUCACCUGGAUCCGUUUCCUUCAGUCUCACGGGUCUCUCCACUACAUUGAGAGAGUCCCAGGCUGAAGAUCCUCCUAUUGGAUGUUGGAGACGCCGGCUGUCGAUCUGUGAUUGGUGGACGCGAUGUUCUGGUGCAGAAAUAAUGCAGCACAAAACAUCUGGUUCACCUCAUCCACUCCAAGUUGAUUCACCGUUACACUUAAGCAAAGGAUCUUAUUUAGGAGCCAGAUGAGAAACACAAACACCCAGAAAUCUUGUGUAGCUCUUAAAAUACGUUAAUCUGUUUUAACAGUGUGCUUGUGAAACCAGGAUUCAAAGUGCAUCGGUCUGAAAGUAGGGUCUGGUGAUGUGUCGACUGGUCAUAUAGAAACAGGAUCAGUGUUUGAUUGCAACAAGAGAACACCUUCAACAGUGGUCGUCCCCUGCUGGAUUAUAUGGACUUGAAAUAUCUCAACAUGCAGUUGUCUUCUUGGUAAUUCCUGCUGCAGAGUUUGUUUUCACUCAGAUAAACGCCCUGUCUGUCCAGCUCCUGUCUUUACCAGGCAGUGUAGUGUGGGGGGGGGACAGUCAGGCAUGACAGCACUGACCCCCUCCGUUACAGUUACAAAAGCACGCUGUAAUUCAAAAACGUUUUCAAUUUCCGAUGAAAAAUGUGUUUUGCUAGGUAUUUUCAAUCGGGUCACCCCGAGCCUUGCCGCCCCUCCCCUCCUGUGAUGAUGUCAUGUUGAUCACGGCUUGAUUGCUCUUUAUUGACCGAACCUACCGGUGACAAUUGAGCCGAAAGCGUAAGAAGAAAAACAAAAAGAAACAACAGGUUUGUAAGCACUAAUCAACGCCUGUGAAACCAGCCUUGGUGUUUUUCUGUUUCUUUGGGCUCCUGGCUAGCAGUCAUGCUAUUGAUCAAACGCACCGUGUUAACCUUGUGUCAGGAGCAGGCUUUGUUGUGUGAGAACUGGCCAGUGCUACAUAUUACACACGGAUUGCUUUGAACGCCAAAGAUUGAACUUGUAUGGAGGGCAGUGCGUUGCAACGCCUGCUGCUGAUCAAGGUUUAUUAGGAAGCAAGGCUUACGAGUGAUUGAAGACAGGUGUAAAAUAAUGAGUUUUAUAUUAAAUAGUCAAGCUGCUUUCAUAGUGUCACUCGCUUUGGUGUUGUUUCGGGUUCGAUUAAUGAAAUGAAUCAGAAAAAUCUGCACUUUUUUUUUUGUAAACAAUGACUGUAUAUAUUUUUUACCAAAAAAUAACAACGAUAAUUCAAUUCAGGGUUUUUAGUGGUAGGAAUUUUUAUUUAUUGGUGUUUCAUUUAGCAGUGUUCUUGGUAUUUACAAAUCAAAAUAACUAUUCAGUUCCUGGUACUGUAUUAUUAUUAUUAUUAUUAUUAUUAUUAGGGGUUUAGAUUUAGUGAAAGAAAGGAAAUAGGGUACUGGGCUACUCUCAGCACGUUAUUAUCAGUCAGACUUACAAUGUUAAUUAAAUACAAAUUGCAGAACACUAAGUGCAAAUAUAUAUUUAAUUAGAGAUAUACUAUAUAUGUAUACUGAAAUAUGUACAUUAUUGUUAUGCAUACUAUAGUCUAUUAAACUGCUAAAGGCCAAAGAUUACUGUUUAACGGAGUUGUUUUGCAUUGUCUCGAUUUAAAAUCUUGCAGUGUUUAUGCACAGUACCUGGAAAAACAUUGUGUACAGCUCCUGUGAUCAUUCUGAAAAUAAAGACGUUAUAUUAAGAAA